UUCAUGCAUUCACUGCAACAGAUAGACUCCAUUCAAUAGCUGCAAUGAGCACCGAGCAGCAGAAUGCUUCUUCGUCUUCUUACCGGUGCACAUAUGAUGCAUUCUUGAGUUUCAGAGGCGCAGAUACACGCAAGGGCUUUACAGAUCACCUCUACAGUGCUUUGGAGUUGGCAGGAAUCCACACUUUUAGAGAUGAUGAUGAAACUGAGAGAGGAGCAAACAUUGAACAGGAGCUACAGACAGCGAUACAAGAGUCACGAGUAUCAGUCAUAGUUUUCUCCAAGGACUACGCCUCUUCCAGGUGGUGCCUGAAUGAACUUGCUAUCAUCAUGGAACGUAAAAGAACAGAUGGACACAUGGUUAUCCCGGUUUUCUAUGAUGUGGAACCAUCAGAUGUCAGGAAGCAGACGGGCAGUUUUGCAUAAUCAUUUACUAGACAUGAAGAGCGCUUCAAGGACGAGAUAGACAAGGUGGAGGAGU